UAUAAACACGUACACACAUGAAUAAACACACAUACACAACACAUAAAUAAACACAUACACACUUUCGUAGGCAACUCCAACCCACCCAGCUUUAAUAAUUUUUUUCCCACCCAAAACUACAACAUCGGGACAAUGCACGUGCGCGCACUCAGUUAUUUGAAGACUGUGUGUUCAAGUAUUGUCAACUUCUCCACGUCUCCAGCUGCAUCCUUCUCCAGUACUGCAUUGAAGAUGAGCAACAUAAAGACAAUUGUCAUCAGUGGUCCCUCUGGGGCUGGCAAGAGCACCUUGCUUCACUUACUCAUGAAAGACUAUCCGACAAGCUUUGCAUUCAGUGUUUCUCAUACCACAAGGAAACCACGGCCUGGAGAAGUCGAUGGCAAAGAUUAUCACUUUGUCACUCAUAAAGAAUUUGAAGAGAUGAUACAGAAAAAAAAGUUUUUGGAAAACGCUAUGUUUUCUGGAAACUACUAUGGUACAAGUAAAGCAGCAGUUGAAGAAAUCCAAAAGACCGGACGAAUAUGUAUUCUCGAUGUAGAAAUCAAUGGUGUGAAAAGCAUCAAAACAACUGGUUUGAAUGCAAAAUAUAUAUUUGUACAGCCACCAUCUAUAGAAGCCCUGGAAAAGAGACUGAGAGACAGAAAAACUGAAACUGAGGAAUCCCUGCAGAAACGGUUGGAUACAGCAAACGAAGCGUUAGAUUAUUCCAAGCAGCCCAGUGUCUAUGACCAUAUAAUUGUAAAUGACAAAUGUGAUGAAGCUUAUCAAAAGUUAAAAGAAGUUGUCCAAGAGGACAUCGAGAAACUCAAGUGAUUUUGAUACCGUCACUCUGUCAUCAAAGACCUACUCCAACAGUUUCAUCAAAUAAUGAAAGAAAAAAAAACACAGAAAUACAU